CCGCUUCCCACUCCCACUGUGUCCCCUCAUCUAUAGCAGUGCGCGCUGAUCAUCCUUUAUGCUGGAUAUUCUACUCCACUCUUCUUUCUUGGGUGAUAUGGGGGAUCAUUCCAAAAAGAAGACCGGGAUCGCCAUGUGUGUGGGCUGCGGAAGUCAGAUCCAUGACCAGUAUAUCCUGCGGGUCUCCCCGGACCUGGAGUGGCACGCGGCGUGUCUGAAGUGCGCAGAGUGCAGUCAGUACCUGGACGAGACGUGCACUUGCUUCGUCAGAGACGGCAAGACCUACUGCAAAAGAGACUACGUAAGGUUAUUCGGUAUUAAAUGUGCGAAAUGUAACGUGGGUUUCUGCAGCAGUGACCUGGUAAUGCGUGCUCGGGAGAACGUUUACCACAUGGAGUGUUUCAGGUGCUCGGUGUGCAGCCGACACCUUCUACCGGGAGACGAGUUCUCUCUGCGGGAAGAGGAGCUGCUGUGCCGGGCUGAUCACGGGCUACUGCUGGAGCGCGCCGCGUCGGGGAGUCCACCAAUCAGCCCGGGAAACACACACUCUACCAGAGCCCUGCACAUGGCCGAGCCGGUACCUGUGCGCCAGCCCCCACACCGCAACCACGUCCACAAGCAGUCGGAGAAGACGACCCGUGUGCGCACUGUGCUCAACGAGAAGCAGCUGCACACACUGCGCACAUGUUACAACGCCAACCCGCGGCCCGACGCGCUCAUGAAGGAGCAGCUGGUAGAGAUGACCGGCCUCAGCCCGCGAGUUAUCCGCGUCUGGUUUCAGAACAAACGCUGCAAGGACAAAAAGAGGUCCAUGCUUAUGAAGCAGCUCCAGCAGCAGCAGCACAGCGACAAAACCAAUCUCCAAGGCCUAACAGGGACACCUCUAGUGGCAGGUAGUCCUAUCCGGCAUGAUAACACGGUGCAGGGGAAUCCUGUAGAAGUGCAGACGUACCAGCCUCCAUGGAAAGCGCUGAGCGAGUUCGCGCUACAGAGUGACCUGGAGCAGCCUGCCUUCCAGCAGCUGGUGUCUUUCUCAGAGUCGGGCUCUCUUGGCACCUCUUCGGGCAGUGAUGUGACUUCCCUGUCAUCGCAGUUACCCGACACCCCCAACAGCAUGGUGUCCAGUCCUGUGGAGACGUGAUGGAGUCCAUUGACCUCUGUCCACCCAGCAUGCUGAACCCCACCCUGAUCUGCAUGAACACAGAGCACCUCACCGCCUCCACCUGAGGAACACAACGGAAUCACGGAAAACAACAUACAGGAACACAGUGGAUUAAACUUGGAACGCACAAGCCUGCCAAAAAAAUCCAAAACGACAGAAAACAAACAAACACGGAGCCAAGCCACUGGGACUCUCCGCACGCGUUUACUUUAGGCCUGCAGGCGGGAAUCCACACGGAUCCACCCGACACUUCCCGAGGAAUAUGAACAAGUUGACCCACUGUCAACAACAUAACAAAUGACUGUAAUGUCUUUACCAGUAUUCAUGAUGUAAUUUUAACCCAAACAAACCUGAUGACAUUUCCCUAAUUCAGUGAGACAACAGAGCCACGUUUGUCUUAAUGCGCAUGAUCUCCGAAGACAAUGUAUAAAAGUGACAUGUAAACCAUUUUAUCUUUACGGAUGGAGGACAAAUUAUUUGAACUUCUCGAGAGAAAAAAAGUAAGUUAUUGUUAUUUAUUGUCAGGACAAGAGUCCGAGCGAGAAUUAAGAAAUUACCUUAAUAAACUAUGCUAAGUGUUGUUUA